AUAAUACAGCAGCCAUUGACUAUAAAUUGGCCAAUGCUCAACAGUCGUACAACAGUUCUCUACACUACGUACAGCAACAAGCAUUAGUCAAAAAUGUUCAAACACUUACUCGUAUUUGCAUUGCUGGCUGCGGUAGCAUUGGCCCUACCAGAGACUUUGGCACAACAUCAAAAGGAGGACAAGGCAGAAGGACAUACCCCAACUGACGGCCACAAAGUUGGAUCCGACGGACAUCAUACUGCCAACGAUGGACACGGUCAUGCUACAUCCGCCAGGAAAGUCAGGUCACCUGGAGGAGGAUUUGGAGGCUUCGGCGGAUCUAGCGCAGGAGCAUCUUCCAAUUCAAAUAGCAAAGCCAGUGCUGGAGGUGGCGGAAGUUCAGCCUAUUCCGGUGCCCAGUCUUCCGCUUAUGCUUCCGGCAAUAGUGGAUUAGGAGGUGGCCAUGGCGGAUACGGUGGAUCUAACGGAGGACUUCUUGGCGGUAGCGGCGGUGGAUUUGGAAAUGCAAAGGCGAGCGCGCAAGGCCAAGGACACGGAUACGUUGGCUAAACGUUGUUUCUCAUGUCCACGACGGAGGAUUUUAAUUAUGGGAAGUCGUUCAGAUAAUUUCUCGUAAUGCUUAUUUAUGUAACAGUUGUUUAUGUGUAACUGUUUAAUAAACGUUUAUCAUUACAA